UCCACUCGCACCUCCAUCUUUAAACACCAGAGAGAAAAAAAGCUUCCGCUCAGCCGUACACAGACAGGGAACCUGCGUUUAUAUCCACAUUUAUGGUAUAUUAACCCCCGAAUCUGUGCUUCUAAUCAUUUAAUUAGACUAGAUGAGACCCGAGGAGCUCAUGGGAGGCACGUUAAAUGCAUUAGAUGAUUUAUUUCUGCAUUGACAUCCUUAAAAACAGAAGGCGGAAAAAAACAUCGAGAGCUGCUGGCCUGUCGCGAGAGAAAAACAGCGUUGAUUUGAACUGCGCAUCUCUCCUUCUUUUGUCCAUCUCUCUCUGGUUUCUCUUCUCUCCCUCCCGAUCGCCGGAGAUGAGUAGUGGAAGAUGUCGGUUUCGGGACUGAAGGCCGAGCUGAAGUUUCUGGAGUCCAUUUUCGACCCGAACCACGAGCGGUUCAGGAUCAUCGACUGGAAGCCGGAUGAGCUGAGCUGCCAGUUUAACGUGACCGGAGAAAAGCUGCUAAUUAUUCACUGCAAUAUCACGGAAUCCUACCCAUUGACUCCCCCAAUAUGGUUUGUGGACUCCGAUGACCCCAGUCUUACUCAAGUACUAGAACGUCUUGAGGAUGUCAGAAAGGGCAGUACACUGCUCUUGCAGCAGCUGAAAAGGCUGAUCUGCGAUCUGUGCCGCCUCUAUAACCUUCCACAGCACCCUGAUGUGGAGAUGCUGGACCAGCCCCUUCCUGCAGGGCCUGUCAACCAGGAAAAAAAGCUUGGGACCACAGAUGAGGUCACUUCAGAAGAGGAAGAAGAAGAAGAGAUGGGAGAGCAGGAUAUUGAGGAUCUCGAUCACUAUGACAUGAAAGAGGAGGAACCAGUGGAUGGAAAGAAGUCAGAGGAUGAUGGAAUUGAGAAGGAGAACUUGGCAAUCCUGGAGAAGAUCCGGAAGAACCAGAGGCAGGACCACUUGAAUGUAAGUGCUCAUUCGGGUGCAGUGUCAGGAUCUGUUCAAGCGUCAGAUCGCCUCAUGAAGGAGCUCAGGGAGAUCUACAGAUCUCAGAGCUACAAAAAUGGCAUAUACUCAGUGGAGCUCGUCAAUGACAGCCUGUAUGAUUGGCAUGUAAAACUAAGAACGGUUGAUCCAGAUAGUCCUCUGCACAGUGACCUCCAGGUGCUGAAAGAAAAGGAAGGAAUGGACUACAUCCUUCUCAAUUUCUCAUACAAAGAUAAUUUCCCCUUUGAUCCUCCAUUUGUACGUGUAGUUUCUCCUGUCCUGUCUGGAGGUUAUGUACUUGGAGGAGGAGCCCUGUGUAUGGAACUACUUACUAAACAGGGCUGGAGCAGUGCCUAUUCCAUAGAGUCUGUUAUCAUGCAGAUAAAUGCCACUUUAGUCAAGGGAAAAGCAAGAGUGCAGUUUGGAGCCAAUAAGAAUCAGUACAAUCUUGCCAGAGCACAGCAGUCAUAUAAAUCACUGGUGCAAAUUCACGAAAAGAAUGGCUGGUACACACCACCAAAAGAAGAUGGGUAAACAAAAAACUCCCUGGAUUCAAACAUGGACACAAUAUCUUGGGGUGGACAUCUUUCUUUCAUUUAUUCCACUCAUCCCUCUUGCUAAUUGGAGACUUAUGUGAUUUAUGAAAAGCAUGAGAUCUGAGCUGAGGAGCCCACCUUACCAACUCACCUCUACAAUACAUGACCAUCUGUUUUCUCCUUCCAGCUCUCUCUCUCUCUCUCUCUCUCUCUCUCUCUCUCUUUCUUUCUCCUCUCUGCCAUUCUUUCACAUCACUGAUUUCAUUUAAACAGGAUAUUCAAACUGAAAAGGGUUCAUUUGGUCAAAUUUGAAAGGGCCAAAUUUGACCCACCUCAAAAGCCUGUUAUGUGACGUUUCGCACCUAUUGGAUGGAUGUUUGUUUGCCAUCUCAGAUAGUUCCAUGACCUCAGCAAAGUGGCCCUUAUGCUACUAUCUCCUCUCAUUUAAACAUCUGAAAGAUCUGACACACAACAGAGCUGUUCUGCAACUCUUCUUAUGAGGACCCUGCUUCUAAGCAGUGGAAGAUAUGUCCUUUACUGGCAACAUAAUGAAAACACAUUAGCAAGUUUAGCCUGGGCAAGUUGGACUCAAAAUUAACUCCACGAACAAGUAAACCUGUAAAGAUUUAAAGUGUUUGGGAUAAUGAGGAGAAUUGUUUCCAUGGCAAACAUUCAAAAUGUUCUGAAGACCCCACUGGAGUCAGGCAUAUAGCUGAACUGCUAUAUGCCUGCCUGCAGCAGGGAACUUAUUCACUUCUAAAAAUGCAUUACUAGAAUAAGGAAACAGAUGACAUCAUGGAAAUCCCCAUGGAGCUAAAAAGAAACCUCUUAUGUUUUAUGUAUGCAUUAUGACUACUGUUGUUUUUGUUCUUUGUUUGAGAAUAGGAGUUGAUGUGUAAGGCUAUGCUGUUAUAGUAAUGGCAUCGGAGACCAUUCCUGUUUAACCAGUGCAUAUUCUGCUGCGAGUUAUUAUUAACGAUCUUGUUAUGCCACCCUGCAAUGCCAAUAUACUCACUUGAGACACUUUUUUUCCUCUCAACACAGGCACAUAGACAAGUAUCGAGUAGAUUGUGGCAUAGAAUUUGCAAAACCACGAUUUCCAGACAGUGGCAACAAAACUAUCAGGUUUUGUCAAUCUUGUUUACCAAGUUGUUUAAAGCCCCAUUGCGGUCUCUAUGGGGAAACUUGGAAGGUGACCAAUAAUGCCUUAAAAAGGAGAGAAAAAUUUAGUGUGCAGUAAUUUUUGUCCAAUUUUAGGCAACCCUUCUCACUGUCCUCCUAUGUUCCUCCAAGCCUUUGCCUAAUGUAUUCCUAUUUAGCACUAGUUUCUUAACUAAACAGAUUUGAUCAGAGAUCUAAAGAGUUAUUUGAGAGUGAGAGCAAUCAGACCGUUACAAACACAUGGAGAUAAAAGCCCUUCUUUAGUGUUAAUAUUGUUCAAAUUCAAAAAGUGGCUUGUUCAUACGCCAACAUGCCCACCAAAGCUUUGACAGUGUUGCACUCUGUCAGUUUGUUCUGUUCUACUGUUGUCCACAUUUCAUUCUCAAAUGGUUGAUGUUUGGAUACUGCUCAAUGGGUGUACUAGCAUUUACACCCUAAAUUCCUAUUUUGCAAAGUAUUUGUAUGCACUUGAAAAUGUUAGGCUGUUUUUUGUUGUUUUUUUCUCUUGAGAUUCCCUUACAGCCAGAAAAAUAUGGGCCUGGUUCACUUUUUAUAUAUAUCUUUGAAACGCCACCCUGACAUUAAGCCAUAGUUGGAAUCCAUAGACAUAUUUUUCUUCCAGAAAUUUCACUCUACUCUGUGACACAUUUUACCCUGAUAUAACUGUGCACAGAUUUUGCCAGAGCACACUGACAUCCACAUUACUAUAUAUCAUCAUCUAAUUUCAGGAUCAGUUCAACAUUCUGAGUGUUUAAAAUGGGGGUAAAGUAUGUUAACAAGAGCUAAUUCGUGAUCGGUUUGAAGAGUCUUAACAUCUGACAGAUCCAUUUUCUUUUAAAGUGCAAGUUGUGCUGUAAUCUCAAGCGUCAUACAUUUUGAGCUAUGAUUGACAUGCUGGGGUUGGUUUUGAGCGAUGUUGGUUUGAGAUCAUGGUUUCCUUCAUCAUUGGAGGGGGUGGGGAGGGGUUAAAUGAGAUAUGCACUGUUAGCAUGCUUUGGUUUUAUUGCUUUUUUUUUUUUUUUUUCAUUGUAAGUGUAAUUUUGACCAUGUACAGUACAAUUUGUAAACUUGCAUCAAGUUUAUGAAUAAAGAAUUUUAAAAAAUACAUCAGUUUUAAUUGCUAUACUAUAUUAACCCAUUUAAGUGAGCACAUGUAUUAUAAACUUUGCAUAACUCAAUGAAACAAACUCUAUGGCUUUUUUAAAAAAAAAAAAAAAUUCUGAACAUCAAAAGUGAAAAUUUUCUUGGGAUAUGAUAAAAAAAAAAAAAAGAACAGGUGCAUGUUUCAUUUGAGUCCACCUAAGUGACAUAUUUGAUUUUUGGCCGGUAUGAUAAUGAGGCUGUGAGGAAUGCAUUGUAUGCAUCUGUAUAAAGUUACUAGAUCUUGUAUAGUUUUCACAACUUGGGGGGGGGGGUAUUUUGUAUUAUUGUCUACUAAAACAUUUGUGUGUAGAUAUUUCAAUUUUUCAUCAGCUUAAUGAUGAAAAACAAUUUAUUCGACAGUACAACCCGUGGAAGAGACUGUACUUUUAUCACUCGCAGCCUCAUUAUCAUUACUGUCAAAAAUGAACAAUGGCUCUACUUUGACUAAGGUCCAUACUUUGAAAUGUACAAUUUUAUAAUAUAAAACAAACUCCUUUUUGAAUUCAGUCAUUGUGUUUCCCACAACUGUGACUCAUUUUCAUAUGUUGUGUGAGCAUUUGAGCCAGAACAAUGGCUCAAACAACAAC